AUGACGAACCCAUAUCAGCAACAGCAUGGCCCGCUGGCCUUCCCCGGCGGAGACUCGCUAGCCUCAUCCGGCAUGCCGCCACUCAGCAGCACCCGCCGGCCGUCCUAUGCAUCCGUUGUAUCCGGCGGGCCCCCGGCCUCCUCGUCGUCUCGCCCCGCCCGUUCCUCCGGUUUCUCCCACCUGCUAAACCCCACGCCCGAUACCGAGCACCAGCAACCACACCAGACAUCGCAGCAGCAGUCCCCGCUGAGGAACAUCACCGGCUUUCUCGGAGCCUACGGCUCAGAUUCCGUGUUUCAGACUUCAUCCUCUUCGUCUGCCGCCGCCACCGCCACCGCCGGCUCGAGUAGUAGCGGUGCCAAUACCAAUAACAACACAUCAGAGUGGUCGUCCCGGCCGCCGCGAACCGGUUUCCCACAUUUCUCGCGCGCCUUCGAUCUCUAUAUGAAUAAAGAACCGCUGUUUCCGUCCGGGAGUUUCUCCGGCGGCCCGGAGGAGGUCCGGUUCUCGCUGGCGAACCCGAUGCCCAAUAUCACGAAUACAGGGUUUCUGGCUCCGUCAUACCUAAGGGGAACAAUCUACCUGCAGAAGCUGGAGGAACAGCAUCGGGCGAAGCUCCAGGCUGAGAGGGAGGGCCGACUCGCGGCCAAAGGCCAGACUUCUUCGGUCUCGUCUUCGACGCCGUCACGGUUGGCGAGUAAUGGGAGUGGGUUGAACCUCGCGGGGGGGUAUGGGAGUAAAUCGGCUUCGGGGACAAGUUCCAAUACAUCAGGAGCGCCGUCAUUACAUAGGGGAGGCCAUGUCUACGAUCCGGUGGAGAGGCAAACAAGCGGAAGCAAUACCAACAGCAACGGGGGAUCUAGCAGCAGCUCAGGGUACAGCAACAACAACUCCGCGGCCGACGACGAUGAAGACAUCGCGCCGUUACCCUCACGCUGGAACAAGGAUGACAAAGACGCCGCGCUCGAGGUGUUGGGCGACGGCUACGAGGUGCGGCAUACGGGUCGGCAGAUGAGCGAGCACGAGGCGAGCGCCAUCCGCGCCGACCACUAUGUGUCACCAUCGCUUGGUGUUUACUAUUUCGAAGUUACGGUGCUCAAUAAGAAGAAGGAAAAGACGCCGAUUGCGAUCGGGCUGGCGACAAAGGAGGUGAAUUUGGGGAGGGCCCCCGGCUGGGAGCCCGGCUCGUGGGGGUAUCAUGGAGAUGAUGGACGGACGUUUCAUGCGCAGAAUGAUGGGAAGCCGUAUGAUAAACCGUAUGGUUCGGGGGAUGUGGUUGGGUGUUUGGUGAAUUUUAGGCUGGGGCAGAUUUUGUUCACGAGGAAUGGGCAGGAGUUACCGGUUGCGCACCACUUUGACCUUAAGAACAUCAAGGGGAAGUUAUAUCCCGUUGUUGGUAUGAAGAAGAAGGAUGAUCAUAUCUUGGCCAACUUUGGCCAGAUGCCGUUUCAGUUUGAUAUCGAUGGUUACAUGAAGCCGCUCUCGGAGUCACCGGAGCAGCAGGAGACGGAGGAGCAGACGCUAUUGGAAAAGAAGAAGUUGGUCAGGAGUGCAUUGCUAAAACAUCAUUUCACCUUCCCGCAGAAACAACGAAACAUGAUUCAGGACGCUAUCCGAAAGGUGGAUGCCACCCGCUUGGCUCCCGUGUUCAAGACGGAGACCGAGCUGGCUGAUCAGAUGGUCCUCCAAUACCUCCUCCACGAUGGGUACAUGGAGACAGCGCAGGCCCUCGCCGAGGAACUACGUGCCGAGCGCGAGGCUCUCCAACAUAACUGCGGCGCGCAGGCCUCUUCCUCCGCCGCCGCCUCUCACAUCAACGUGCAGCCUGACGAAGGCGCCACCAACCGCCAGCGCAUCCGCGAGGCUGUUUUGGAUGGCGAUAUUGAUUUGGCCUUUAAGCUGUGCGAGACAUAUUAUCCCGACGUGCUCAAGGAGAACAAGGAUGUUUAUUUCCACCUCAGGUGCAGGAAGUUCAUUGAGAUGAUUCGCAAGGAGGCUGAACUCAGAUUGGCGUUGGAAGAGGGUCCGGCAGCAGGCAGGAGAGGUGUAGGUCGUGUGUCCUCUUCGUGUCAGCAAGCCGAUGAUAAGGACGAGGAGAUGCUUGAUGAGGACGACGAUACCGCCGCCGCCGCCGCACAUGGCAACGAGGACCAGGACGAGGAAAUGUCCGGCAUUACGGAGGCCAGUGGCAUCAGCGCGUCGGAAGGUGUUGGCGUCGCGACGGCGAGCAGCACCGCUGCGUCGAGGGCCGCUGCUGGGACUUCUGGCGCCGGGGCAUCUACGGUGGAUAUGGAGGGGCUUAGCAAGCUCUCGCAGGACGUGCUUACGUAUGGCAUGGAACUGCAGAAUGAGUUUCCGGAGUGGGAUGAGGACAAGCAUCGGCAGUUGGAUGAGAUUAUGGCGCUCAUUGCGUAUCCUAAUCCGCUUAGGGUUAAGGAAGUGGCGCAUAUGCUGGAUGUGUCGGCGCGCACGCAGGUUGCGGAGGCGCUGAAUCGGGCUAUUAUGGCUUCUCUCGGCCGCAACUCCCGCUCAGCCCUCGAAAACCUCUGGUGUCAAACUACCAUCCUGCUCGACGAGAUGCGCAAGGAUGGAGGCGACGGCGCGUUCAUUUCCAUCCGCAAACUCAUUGACGAAAUUCCUGGCUGCGAACACCAACCGAGUCACAAUCAGGGGUUUAGCUUCGGCUUUGGACUGUUUGGUCUGCAGGGUGGUGCUGAGCCGUCUGGAGCUGGGACUGGGGCUGAGGAUGGGAAUGGAACGAGGAAUGGGGAGGGAGCACAAGAAGGGCAGAGGAGGGGGAGGGGAGUUACGGUUGAGGAUGCGGUUGAAAUGAGCGAGUGA